GUUUUUGCCUGUCUCUGUUCAAAAGGAUGAAGAAAAUCGUGUUUAUAUAUUGAAAACUUUCAUGUGGAAUCUUUAAUUUUUCUCCGAGAAAAAAGAAAUAUUCGGCAAAUUUAUUGAUAAUUUUAACCCUUUCUUGGUUUGAUGAAGAAGAACGUCGGGUUAAGUAGUUAAUAAACGAAGUUAAGCGGCUGUCAUGAAGAGGGCAUCAAAGCGCACGUCGCUCAUCGGAGAAUGAUGAAACAGCGUUUGUCAUGAAUCAGAACGAAAACAUUGUUAGCAGCAAUUUCUAGUGUUCAAUAAAAUUAUUAACUAUUCCUUUAAGCCACAUAGAAUGUAUUCGCCAUUCAGAGAUAAUUUUUGGAACAAAAUUAAAAUGAAGAACAUCGAAAUGAAUAAAACUCACAGCCAAGAAAAAUCGACUAGAGGUGAUUCUUUAGCUGAGUGGGAUCUUAGUCAGAUUGAAUUACGUGACGAUAGCCGAUCGAUGAAAAACACAAAUACUAUAAUUGAUUUAGAGGAAGAGGAAUCGGACAGAAACAGUGCUCACGAGGAGCUACCUUUGAGUGGAUUUGAAACAUCCGUUCUACGGCCUGCUUCCUUGCGGAUGCAACCAUCGACUGCACACAGGCCAACAUCAUCUAUAUUAGCUCCUCCUGUUCUACUCAAUAAUAUGGCUCGUAGACCGAUACAUGAUUAUCGUGCAAUUUUCGGAGGGACACCAAGAUUAACACAGCAACAAUCGGAUUCACCGGGGGCAACAGUCCCGGCAGGCAUAAUUUUCAAUCGUUCGUACAACAAAAAAGUUGCACCAACCAAGGAAAACUAUUUCAGUGUCAUGGAUACACCUCCUACACCGGGACAGAUGUCGGCAGCUAGUAUCUUCGGUGAUAGGUCAUACGCUGGAACACAACCUAAAAUCGUAAUGACAUCGAACCACUAUGAAAAAAGAAUUAUUCGCCGUUCCUUCGAUAAAACGAUAGCUACUACACCUGCCAGCACUAGUCGCCAGGAAAAGAAUAAAGGUCCUUACAAACUACUCGGAGUAAUUGACUUAGAACCAGAUUCUGACUCUGAAGACUCGAGUAUUUCUCACACAGUUUCCGCUGCAGCUAAUGCUAUCAAAGAUAAACAAGAUAGUCGAAGAGCUGCCACGCCGGUCAAUGUGCCACCUUUGCAAGAGAGUGCGGCGGCUAUAACUCCGUCUUCAAAGACAGACAAUAAAUGUAAAGAAAAGGAUGAAAAUGUUUUGACUAUCGAAAUAGAGGAAGACGAGGAAUGGAUUGAGGAAGAAGAUACAGGGAUGGAACUGAGUGAAGAGCCUCCGACGGAGAAUAAGUUAGUAACGAGUCCUAAUCCGGGUAUAACUAAACCAUCGUCUUCGGAAGAAAAUGUCAAUGUUGAGCAAUGUGUUUUGAGUGAUACAGAAGAAACAAGCUCGGCAACCCAGAUGAACCCGUCAACACUAGCCAAUUCGUUCUGGGACGUAUCCAGCUCGGGUUGCAUGAAAAGAUCAAGUGAGAAAGAUCACUCUUCCAAAAGCUCAGUUCAACAUACAGAAUUUGAGUUACUUCUAGACCGAAUAAAUCAAGAAGUACCAGCAAUGUCUCAACAAGACCGUAUCGACCAUUGGCGGGUAACUCAAGACGAUCUUCUGUAUUCGAUUCCUACCGUAGCCGAAAUUGAAACCGGAGCCUCGAUUAAACGCCCCAUGGACGAUCCAAUUCAUAUAUCGAGCGGUGAUAGCAGUAGUGAUUCGGAAACAAGUGAUAGUCCUAGUUUACUUAGGCUCAAGCAACAGAAAAAAACUACUUUCAAAAGGCGACGUAUGGGGGAAACAGCGCUACCUGGAGAUAGAUCAUCGCCUUCAUUGCACUUAGGUGAAGAGUUGGAUUUUCGGCGGAGUCAAAUUAAUCCCGAAAUUGAUAAAAGUUUAAUUCAGGUUCGAAAAAACUAUUACAAGUUUCCAACACGAUUCGAUCGAUUAACGACCAAUGAAAGUUCUAGUUUAAUUGAAAAACAGCACGAGGAUCCUUACGCAAAGUUUCUUGACAAUGAGAAGGAAGCUUUCACUAAUUUUUUACGCCGCAAUCCGGCGUAUCGUCCUCAUCUAUUAACAAAACAACGCUUCCCUUCAGCGACGCUUGACGAAAACAAAGUAGCCGUCGUAAUGUUAUCGCCAAUUACAGUGCAAAGACAGAACGACCCAACAACGGAAAACUCCCGGUCACAAGCAGAACGUGCUGAAUCAGCUGAUCGUCUGCCUCGAUACAAUAAAAACCACAGGUCCACAUCGAUUGGUAAAACGCUACGUUAUAAAGUGCGGAAACCUCAGCUCAAGAAAAAACCUAUUGUCGUUCUUCGAUCAAAUCUUCGUAGUUAUCGGCGUUUGAUAAUGAAAAAUUCUCUUCGGAAUGGGAAAGUGCGAAGAAAGUCAUCAUUUGUAAAUCUUAUUGCAAGCGCGAAACAAAAGAGAAGAAAGCAAGCCUCGGCAGGCCAAGCGAAAGCAAACGAAGCAAUUAAACUAAACCAGGAAAACAGUUCUAAUGACCCUAAAGUUACUGCCAGUCUUUCAGAAGAAACCCCAAAGAAAGAAGUCUCUGCUAAGAAAAGUUCAGCGCAUAAAUCUAGCAGGGUUUCAAUUGACAGCGCGGUUAGUAGUUCGACAUCGGCCGAACACAGAAGACAGCGAGAAGAUGGAACGUGCGUCGAGCCUGCAAAAGUGCAGACAGAUUUACGCACCAUGAAAAAUCCCCUAUCCCGUGCCAAUGGUGAAGUUUUAAUGGUAUUUUUUGAGGCUAACAAGCUGAUUGUCGUCCAGCAGGAACUAGUUAGUUUUUGGGAAUGCUCCAAACUAUCCGCUCUGCUAGGGAUUAAACAGGAACUUCAGCUGAUCGGACAGAUAAAACGGGCUCAAACAGACUACCAAAUCGAACCAUCGAAUUCACAACGGUUGGGAUUUAAUGAUGACGAUCCAUUCUAUCUAGAGCUACGAGCAAGAAAUUUGGACGAAGAUGAAUCCCGCAUAUGCCCGUUAGCAUCGAUUUAUGUGAAUCACUAUUUCGCUAGUGAAACCGAGGAUGAUAAGGAUCCGCAGCCAUGUGUUCGGAUGAAAUCUCUGCAAUUGGAUAGUAUUAGAAGUGAGCUCUCAGACAUUAUUUUCAUUCCGCUGCAUCGAUCGCGAUAUUUUGUAAUCUGUUGGCGCGAGCAAUUGUCCGAAACGGACUACCGAACGGGAUUAUGCAAAUACAGUUUGACACCAGAUCUGGAAAUGCUGGCCAGUAUUCGGGAGUUUCCAAGCAUAACACAAAAAAUUCAUGCUCUUAAAUGCAUGGACAAUAAUCGACUGCUAGGGUUAGGAGGAACCAUGGUCGCGAUUUGGAGUUGCGAUAAUGGAUGUCUGAUGUUCACGGUGGACUUGAAGAUUGAAAUUCAACUGCCGCUGGCGGCUUUUAUUCAUACCGAAAAUAGUGAAAGAGCACUGUUUCUCAUACAGUUGUGUGCAUCUCCGAGCGGUAAUCCAAAACGUAAACUUAUUAAAAUAAUUGCAGUAAACAUGAGUAAGCGUACGUGGCACCAGGUCUUCGAUUAUGAAGUUGCUUUAGAGUCCACAAGCAUACUAUGCGAGUCCUUCAACCCCAGUGCGACUGGUCUGCAUUGCACUACGUUCCAGAAUGGCGAAUUGUUGACAAUUAGCAUGGAAGAUCUCACAACUUGUUUUACGAACUACAAACGACUGCAUAGUGCGGACGAACGACGCGUAACCAGGGAUAUACUGGCUACUCGGGAGAAAAUCUUUCUUGGUUCAUGCGACAGUCGGCAGCUGCUAUUGGUAAGCGAUAAGAGCAUCAAACUGAAAACAAUCGACGAGUACUUGUUAGGAUGCAGGUACUACAUCGCCAGAUAGUCGGGACGAUUGAGCCAAAUUGUUCAUAACAAUGUACUAGAUGUAAUAAUUGUUGAUCGCAAACAUAAGUCAAGUUCGUAUGACGCCGAUAGAUUGUAGCGAGCUAGCUGGACCAGUCCUUAUAGUUACGGUCACCUUUUGUGUGAUUUUUCAUUUUAUUUAAGCUUUGGAACAGCACAUUUGUUGUAAUGGUUCUUUGCAAAAUGUGUGUUUUAUCACCUGGUACAAUUCUGAAAUUCGAAAUAGGGCGCAGCAAUAUUUGUGCGAUAAUCUGACCGGAGGCUUUCUUUGUGUACAUUUGCGAUUUUUAGUUACAAAACAAUGUACAAUGCAAAGCGCAACGUUCAAAUAUUAUCGGGUUGAAUUGUAGAAAAAAAAAAACUAUAUAAUAACGCUUGUUUGUAACAUGUUUUAGACUUUUUAUUUUGUAAAAACAAACGUGCAACACUAUCAUUAGUAGUAGCCAUUUCCUAACUAUUUAUGUAAAACUGAACUUAAUUAAGAGAGUCUUAAUUUGAUUAUACUGAGCUGAAAUAAAAAUACAUUUGGAAACCCUAUUUUCAAACCCUAAAUGGUAAAAAUUUCUUGUCUUCCUCGGUUUCUUAUUUGGUAAGACGGAAAUAAUGAAACUAAUAGAUUUACUGUCUUUUUUGCCUGUUUAUUUUUUGCUGUUGUAGAAAUGUUGUCUAUAUCAAACGUAAAAUAAAAUUUAGAGUAACUUUUUAAAUAAAAAGUAACGACA